AUGAGCUUCAGUUCAGACCAUUACCUCUCCUCCUCCUACAGGAAGAUCUUUGGAGACCCACCUCGGUCUAGCAGCCGCAUCGGGGGCAGCACUGGUUCCUCUAGGACCAGCCUGUCUGGUGGGUACAGGUCCCAGUCCCAGUCCCGCAGCAAUGUCUCAUCGGUGUCCUCCUACAGGAGGUCUCCUAGACAUGGAGGCUAUGUGUCUGGAGAAAACUUAGACCUGACCCAAACUUCAGCCCUCAACAACGAAUACAAGAUCAUCCGCACCAAUGAGAAGGAGCAGAUGCAGGGGCUCAAUGACCGCUUUGCCAUGUUCAUCGAGAAGGUCCGUAACUUAGAGCAGCAGAACAAGGUGCUGGAGACCGAGCUGGUCGCCUUGAGGCAAAGGCAGUCUGAGCCCUCCAGGCUGGGGGAGCUCUACCAGCAAGAGAUCAAAGAUCUCCGCUCCCAGCUGGAGGACAUGAACAAUGAGAAAGCCCAGCUGAUCAUUGAGAGGGACAGCCUGGAAGAUGACCUGCAGAAGCUGAAGGGGAAGUAUGAGGAUGAGAUCAGGAUGAGAGAAGAAACCGAGUACGCUUUGAAGGCACAUAAGAAAGAUGUGGAUGAUGCCACCUUGGCCAGACUUGACCUAGAGAAGAAGGUGGAAUCUCUGCUGGAUGAGAUCUCUUUCAUGAGGAAGGUCCAUGAAGAGGAGGUCACAGAGCUGAUGGCCAUGCUUCAAGCCUCCCAGAUCUCCGUGGAGAUGGAGAUGUCCAAGCCUGACCUCACUUCGGCUCUGAAAGAGAUCCGAUCCCAGUAUGAGUCUUUGGCUGCCAAGAACCUGCAGUCUGCUGAUGAGUGGUACAAGUCUAAAUUCGCCAACAUGAGCGAGCAGGCAUCUCGCAGCUCCGAGGUGAUCAGGGCCAGCAGAGAGGAGAUCAAUGACUACAGAAGACAACUCCAAUCCAAAACUAUCGAAAUCGAGAGUCUGAGAGGCACCAACGAAUCGCUGGAAAGGCAGAUCCAGGAGAUGGAAGAAAGGCACAUAGCAGAGGCUGCUGGACUGCAGGACACCAUCAAUCAGCUGGAGAAUGAGCUGAGGAGCAUAAAGGGAGAGAUGGCCCGUCAUCUGAGAGAGUAUCAGGAUCUGCUGAAUGUUAAGAUGGCCCUAGACAUUGAGAUUGCAGCAUACAGGAAACUGCUGGAAGGUGAAGAGACCAGGUUUAGCACCUCCGGAAUAAGCAUCAUGCCUCCAAAUCCUUCUCAAAGCUAUUCUUACCAGUCUCGCAUUCAUAGUUCCUCCUCUUCUAAGAGUACACCUGCAGCAUCCAAGAGGGAUGAAGCUGAUUCCACCAGCAAAACCAUCUCAAAAUCAUCAGCUCGCAAAGGGGGGACCUAUGAGGAAAUCAUUGAAGAAACUGUAGUGUCAACCAAAAUAAUAGAAAAGCCAGAGCAAAAUGAGGGAAUUAAUGUUAAACCUUAA